GGCGGGCUGGAGCUGAAGCUGGGCGCUCCCUGGCAGGAAGGAGCGGGGCGCGAUGGAGCCGGGGUCGCUCUUGCUGGAGGCGGCGAACUGGAGCACCAUCGCGGCGUGCCUGGUGCUCAAGUUGCCCCAGGGAGCCGCCUUGGUGGCCGCCAGGUCCGCCCGAGGAGUCAGCCUGGAAAGUUUAUUGCUGGAGCUCGGCGGUUUCCUUGUUUGCCUGAGAUAUAUGAGUUACUACCAUUAUCCUCAGCUAACAUAUAUAGAGUAUCCCCUCAUGAUUGUGCAAGAUAUUAUUCUUUGCCUGCUUGUUCUGCAUUUCAAUGGCAAAAUGAAGCAUGCUUUGCCUUACACAGUCAUAUUUGUGGCAGGAUGGUAUGCUGUAACUCUGCAAGAAUGGAUAUUGGACUUGAGUAUGAACUUGAGCACAGUGGUCAGUGCAGCAAGUAAACUUGCUCAGCUCCGGUGUCUUUGGCAGACUAGAGAUUCUGAACAAGUGAGUGCCACAACUUGGGGAUUAGCCAUAUACACCUGUGCAGCAAGAAUAUUUACAACAUUAAUGACUACAAAGGAUUCUACAGUUCUGAUCCGUUUUGUAAUCAUGAUGGUUCUUAAUAUUUGGGUCAUCGCUACUGUAUUGGAAUACCGGAAGGCUAAGAAGCAAGACUAAGAUGCAGAUCCGCCUCCUUUUUGAACAACUUGGACUAAAAUGAGACAUUCCAUUAAAUGAGAACUGAUGUUUACAUACUGAACAUGUACUUGACAUUCAGUGCCAACGCCUCAGAUGCAUUGUGAUCUUUAUGCUUACUGUUUGUAAAAAUAAUUGGCUAGAUGAACGAAGUGUUUCAUUUUAUAUGAGCAGAUUGCAUAACAGACUUCUCAAACUGGUUGAUUUUUUUUUUUGUUGGUUAUUUCCAUGGACAAUCCCACCCGUACACACAGCUCAGUAGGACCAACAACAGUUCAAGCCAACAGAAAAGUAAUGUUUUAUAUUUACUGAAUUGCUGGCUUUUCAGAACUGCGGUUCUGGAAACUGUUAUCUGUGCUUUGUUUUGUUUUUCAUUAAAGUGAAAAAAAAAUUAGCCUAUGAGGAAAUCUUUCUUGAUUUCCUCAUGCUAAAUGGCCCUCUAACUCUUCAUCUUAAAAAGACCUGUGUAUUUUAUUUAGUUAAGAGUAUUUCAAAACAGAUUCAGCUACA